UAAAUAGGAUAUUCCUUCCUUAAAUUGAGCUAUCGACUUCAAGAUUAUUUGUGGACUUGUGGAAACUGUGCUUUGUUUGGGGGUGGGGGUGUGUAGAUUGAUUUGGAUGAGCUCUCAUGAUUCAGGGCAGGCAGAAUUUCAGAUGGAUGUUUUACUGCCAAAAAAAAAAAUUUCUGGAAAGCUGGCACGUGUUCAGAAGUCAGCCAGCAAAUUAUGUCGGUUCAAGACUCCCAGUGGACAAACCGAACAUAUUAAGAAGGAAACCAGAGAUCUGCAGCUCUUAUGUUCUGAAGUCCAGAGGAAGGGCUAAGCAGAGUCGUGGAAUAUUUUUUCAGCCUACAUUUUUAGGAAAAGGAGUAUGACCAGUGACUUGAGUUCACAAAGAUUUCAGGCUGAUAUUUCACUGACCCCAUUUGAUAUAAAGAACAGCUAUUCAUCUUCCAUCAAAAGUGAAAAUAUGGUUAACGAUCCGUACAUAGGACCCAUAAACACGUCUAACAAUAACGCAUCGACAGCUAAGUGUGCGCUGAAGCUCGCGGGGUAUCACUUAGCCUUCAUUCCCGCUCUCUACUAUAUUAUCUUUGUCCUUGGUUUAAUUGGCAACAGUGUGGUGGUUUCCCUCUUCUGCUGCCACCGGGGCCCCAAAAAAGUUGCUAGCAUUUACAUCUUCAACCUUGCCAUGGCAGACCUGCUGUUUCUAGCCACUCUGCCACUCUGGGCCACUUAUUAUUCUUAUGGCUACAACUGGUUCUUUGGUUCAGUGAUGUGCAAAAUCUCCAGUGCCCUCCUGUGUCUGAACAUGUAUGCUAGUGUUUUUUUUAUCACCUGCAUGAGUAUAGAUAGGUACCAAGCUGUCGUCUACCCCUUCCAGUCCCAGAGAAGAACCCCGUGGCAGAUGUCCUUUAUUGUGCCCCUUGUGUGGGGACUGGCCUGUGUGUCCUCGCUGCCAACAUUUUAUUUCCGAGAUAUCAAGCCCAUUGACCACUUGGGAGUGAAUGCGUGUAUCAUGGCCUUCCCUCCUGAGAAGUAUUCACAGUGGUCAGCAGGGAUGGCCUUCAUGAAGAACGCCCUUGGUUUUGUGAUCCCGUUGGUGUUCAUAGCCACGUGCUAUGCGGGCAUCCGAAAGCACUUAAUGAAGGCCAGUGGGUUUGGGAAGAACCAGCUCAUGAGAGACAGGGUACUGAAGAUGGCAGCUGCAGUUGUCCUGGCGUUUGUUGUCUGCUGGCUCCCCUUCCAUGUUUUAACUUUCUUGGAUACACUGGCAUGGUUACAUGUCAUCACUAACUGUGAUGUGAUCUCAGCCAUUGACACUGCCAUGCCUUUUGGCAUCUGCAUGGGCUUUGCAAACAGCUGCAUCAAUCCCUUUCUGUACUGUUUUGUUGGAAACCAGUUCCAAGAGAGAUGCCGGCGCCUGUUUAAGCUGAGAGUUUCUCAGCUCCGCAAGAAUAGAGAUAGCAUGUCUUCCAGGAAAGGGAAUUCUCUUAAGGAAGUGGAGACCCUAAUGGAAUGAAGAUGUACAUGGUUCAAACAGAACAACUUGGGCUUCCAUGGAUGAGAAUUAACGGCUUGGGAAAGGAAGAAUCUUUCUAAUCAAAAUGGACUUUCUGACUCUUCAAGAACUAGAAAAUAAAGGAAAUACCCCUUCAUCCAAGGAAUUUCAGUUUGUUUCUCCCACUUCUCCUGGGGUGAGGCCAUCCCUGGUGAGACAGACCCAUAACCUAGAAGUUAUUUGGAAGUUUUCUCAAAUGGCAAACAGGCAGAGUGGAGCAGUCUACUAUGAAGACCAGCUCUUCCUCUUUCCUCCUUCCAUAGGAAGUACCACAACAUUUUACCCCAUAGACUGGAAUCAUCUGCUAUUAUCCUCUUGGAUGCUUCCUCAUCAUGCGGAGAAGACCCAACCUGGGGUUUUUGAAGGGUCUACCAGUGGAGAUCACCAGCAAGCCCUACCUAUUAAACUGGAAAAGCUUUAAGCACAGUCUUGGCUACGGACUGUGUGCCUAUUUUCCAAGGGCAACUUGUAAUCAUGCAACAAGUAUUUAUUGAGUACCUACUAUUUACAAAGUACUCAAUAAAUAUUUCUUUAAAAAUACUCUAUCAGCAGAGAUUUGGCCACCUGCUGAUAACUUUUUUCUUACCAUAGCAAUUCACAAAGGCCAUCUAACUAAUUAAGUCUGUGGGGU